AUGGAUCGUAUUCAGACCUUGGAGCAAGAGAACAUAUUACUGAGAAGAUUCGUUGACCCCGAUUCAACCCAUCGCGGGCCGCCGUUCUUUCAGGUGCUCUAUCGUUUCAAAGGAAAUGACAGAGUCUUCCUGAGGCCGCCUACAUGGACGCGGAAUACGUCAUCGGGAAAAACCCGGUAUACCUUGAAAGAAGACCCUCUUUCCAUGAAGGCGGAAGAGUACUUAAAAAGGAGCAGGGCUCUUGCUUUUGCAGUUUUCAAGACUUAUGCCUCCGAGUCGGUAGAUGAUCCGCCGAAAGAGCAAGACCAGGAAGCAGAUAUGUGGCCAGUACCUGAGCCUGAAGCCGAAACCAUUUUGUUCGUCUCCGAUUACAUGAGAGAAGCUCUCGAUACGUAUUUGGAAGAGCAACCGAAUUUCAAAGAGCUGUUUCCACGGUUUGAUGCUAGAAAGGAAAUUUCGGCUCCUUAUCUGUUCUGGUAUUGCUGUCGAGCCUCGCAUGAAUCUAUCUUGAAGCGGCUGUCUACUCGUUAUAGGCGUCUGAUGGAACUAUUUGCUCAUUGGAUAACCUCCAACUAUGAGAAUGAAUACACGCAUGUGGACGACCAGCUUUCUAGAGGCGUUAUCUCCUCUUCAUCCAUGAAAUACCUUGCAAAGCCGGGCGACGUGCUUGUGUCUUCGAAAAAGACACACUUACAAGCAUACAUGGCCAAAUCAUGGGCUGAGCAAAACACCGCCAUGAAAAAGAGUAGCAAAACCGAACACGGAAUAGAAAACCAGAACGUUUGGCAAGUGAAUGCCUGGUCAUACGACUUUGAUGGAUCAUUCUACCGCACGUCUACGGUUUUGACUAUUGAGAUCAAUGUUGAAGACCCCACCGAAGAGGUCGCACUGAGAGACUUGAGUGUCUUCCCCUUGCGAUACGCCAGUCAAGACACCCAGCUGAGACUUGAGCAGAGGGGACAGACGCAUUGGGAUUGUCGAAAGACGAAAUUAGUUUCUUGCACGAGCAGCAAUGAUAUUGAAUCAAUGACUAACAACAAUGAGAGGUUCAUGAUCGAUUUUUCAACAUACAAACAGCUUCAUCCUUCUGAAUCGAAGACACUACUGAAGAAACGCGAUGAGAUUCUACCUGAGCGGAUGAACGUUGAUGAGCCACCAUCGGCCCCAGAGCUGUUUCUCUUCCCGUCCACUAUCAUUGGAUUCAAUCUCCGUCGAAAGAAGUGGGUUAAUUUGGAAGUCGAUCUAAUCCGGAAGGUCGAGUGGAACAAGCAAGCGUUUGAAAGUCUCGUCGUCGAGGAGGAGACCAAAGAUCUCGUUCAAGCCCUGGUCACCAACCGGCUCGAAGCCGAGAAGGGAACAGACAUGAUCGACGACAAAGGCAAAGGCCUCACAAUCCUCCUGCACGGGGGUCCCGGAACGGGAAAGACCUUCACCGCGGAAAGCGUCGCCGAAUUGGCCGAAAAACCGCUCUACAGAGUAACCUGCGGUGACAUCGGCACGCAUCCCGAAGCGGUCGAACAGUACCUCGAGUCCGCGCUCCAUCUGGGCAAGAUCUGGGGUUGCGUCGUGCUGCUGGACGAGGCGGACGUUUUCCUGCAAGAGCGCACCCUGUCGGACUUGAAGCGCAAUGCGCUCGUGACUGUCUUUUUGCGCGUGCUUGAAUACUACGAUGGAAUUCUAAUCCUGACGUCUAACCGCGUGGGCACCUUCGACGAGGCCUUUAAAUCCCGCAUCCAGCUCUCGCUGCACUACCCGAAUCUCAGCCAGUCCCAGCGUCUCAAGAUCUGGCGAAAUCUCAUCAAUCGCCUGAAGAGGCUCGAUCACCCGAGUAUCGACUUCGAUGACAUUGAAUGCUACGUAGCGGAGCUGGCUGAGAAGAACAUGAAUGGGCGCGAGAUCCGCAACGCUAUCACGACUGCUCGUCAGUUAGCCAAAUUCAAAGGCAAGAAAGUGUCUCAUGCGCACUUGAAGCAUGUCAUCGAAGUAGCCGGCAGAUUUGAAACGUACUUGUCGACUGUGAAAGAAGGUUUUACAGACGACGACAUUGCGAGGGAGUCGGGUCUCCGAUAA